GCGCGGGGCUCGCGUCGCCGCGCGGCGCCUCCGCCGCCGCCAGUCGGGCUCCAACCCACCUCCUGGCAGGUCACUCGUGCUCUGUCUGCGGCCGACUCCCCUCAUCCUCAAGAGCAGGUUUAGGAAGAAAAGUCACGUGAUCAAACAUGGCGGACGAUGAGGCAAAGAAAGCCAAACAGGCUGAAAUCGACCGCAAGCGCGCAGAAGUGCGCAAGCGGCUCGAGGAGGCAUCUAAAGCCAAGAAGGCUAAGAAAGGUUUCAUGACUCCAGAGAGGAAGAAGAAACUGAGGUUACUGCUGAGAAAGAAAGCAGCUGAAGAACUGAAGAAAGAACAAGAAAGGAAAGCAGCUGAGAGGAGGAGAAUCAUUGAGGAGCGGUGUGGCAAACCAAAGAACGUUGAUGAAGCCAAUGAAGAUACAGUUAAGCGUGUGCUCAAGGAUUAUCACGCUAGAAUCCAGAAGCUGGAAGAUGAAAAGUUUGAUCUGGAGUAUGCAGUUAAAAAGAAAGACUUUGAGAUUUCCGAUCUGAACAGCCAAGUAAAUGAUCUCCGAGGAAAAUUCAUGAAGCCAACACUCAAGAAGGUGUCCAAAUAUGAAAACAAGUUUGCCAAGCUGCAGAAGAAGGCUGCAGAAUUCAACUUCAGAAACCAGCUCAAAGUUGUCAAAAAGAAAGAAUUCACCCUUGAGGAAGAGGACAAGGAGAAAAAACCAGAUUGGUCCAAAAAGGGAGACAAGGGUGAGACUGUACCACAGACUCCAGUGUCCACAGAGGCACCGCCACUUCCAGACGUGGCGGCAGGAGAAGGAGCACCUCCAGCAGAGGGACAGGCACCUCCAGCAGAGGGACAGGCUCCUCCUGCUGAGGGCGGAGCUCCUCCAGCAGAGGCUGCUGCACCACCAGCUCCAGCCGAAGGUCAGCCUCCAGCCGAAAGUACAGCUGCUGCCGGCGAGCAGCCACCUGCAGGCACCGCUCCCACAGAGGGCGAACAGGCUCCCACUGUGGAUACCCCCGCACCUCCCGCAGAUACCCCCGCUCCCGCCACUGAUACCCCCGCCCCUGCCGCCGAUACCCCAGCUCCUGCCGCAGAUGCCCCUGCCGGGGAUACCCCAGCUCCCGCAGCUGUGCCUGCCACCGCAGAAGGUGCCAAAGCCCCUGCUGCUGCGCCUGCUGGUGCAGAGGGUGUUGCACCUCCGGCUCCUCCUCCUGCGGAGGGUGCACCGGCGCCUGCCGCAGAUACCCCUGCUCCUGCUGCGGAUACCCCUGCGCCUGCUGCGGAUACCCCUGCGCCUGCUGCAGAUACCCCUGCGCCUGCUGCAGAUACCCCUGCUCCUGCUACAGAUACCCCUGUUCCUGAAGCUGCUCCAGCUCCAACUGCAGAAGUUCCAGCUCCAGCUCCGGCUCCAGAAGUUCCAGCAUGAGCAACUUUAUCAUCAAAUGUGAUCUCUUCAAAAGAGAGCAAGACACUGAAACAGUCGCAGUUAAUGACUACUACUCCUGCAUAUAUACAUGCAACACAAGUAAAUUUCCUUUGGUUGUAUAUUUAUAUUAGAAUGUAUGUAAUUUAUAUGUUUAGGAGUACAAUCAGAACACUAACAGUACAAUGUAACAUUUAAAACAGAAAGAAUGAAAACUGAUUUUUUUUUAAUUGUCAGUAAUAACAAUGUUGUAAGAACUGAGUUUAUAUAAUUUAUUAUAUCAAUUCUGAUUUUAUGAUGUUUGUUACUUGAGCCUUAAACUGUUUUUUUUCCAUAUGGCUACAACAUGUAUUUUGUCUGUUGGUAAAUAAAAUUAUUCACAAGUGAUCUACAAUAAA